AUGCAGAGGCUCGCCGCGAACACUGUUGCCGCGCCGCGGGCCGCCCGGCAGGCCACGGCCCCUGCUGCCCUGCCUGUGCGGGCGCCCGCCGCCAAGGCCGUGAAGAAGCUCCCGACGGGAUUCGCCGCGGCCCGUGACCUGUCGGUGGGAGGCGCCGGCUCGGUGCGAGCUGCCUCGGCCCGUAGCGUCGUCGCAGCGGCCGCCCCGGAGAAGCCGACCAUCCUGGUUGCCGAGAAGCUCGGCGACGAAGGUGUCGCGUACCUCGAGCAGUACGCGAACGUGGACUGCUCGUACGACCUCACCCCGGACGAGCUGAAGGCCAAGAUCUCUCUGUGCGACGCCGUCAUCAUCCGCUCGGGCACCAAGAUCACGCGCGAGGUCUUCGAGGCCGGCAAGGGCCGCCUGAAGGUCGUCGGCCGCGCGGGCGUCGGCGUCGACAACGUCGACCUCACCGCCGCCACCGAGCACGGCUGCCUGGUCGUCAACGCCCCCACCGCCAACACCGUCGCCGCCGCCGAGCACGGCAUCGCGCUGCUCUGCGCCCUCUGCCGCAAGGUCCCCGGCGCCGACGCCUCCAUGCGCCGCGGCGAGUGGAAGCGCGCCAAGUACACGGGCGUCUCGAUCGUCGGCAAGACGAUCUCCAUCAUCGGGUUCGGCAAGGUCGGCCUCGAGGUGGCGCGCCGGGCCAAGGGGCUGGGGAUGAAGGUGCUGGCGUACGACCCGUACGCGGCGCGCGAGCGCGCGGAGGCGCUGGGCGUGCAGCUGGUGUCGUUCGACGAGGCGCUGGCGCAGUCGGACUUUUUGUCGCUGCACAUGCCGCUGCUGGACUCGACGCGCGACAUGUUCAACGACGAGACGUUCAAGAAGUGCAAGAAGGGCAUCCGCAUCGUGAACGUCGCGCGCGGCGGCGUGAUCAACGAGCCGGCGCUCGCGCGCGCCCUCGACGAGGGCAUCGUGGCGGGGGCGGCGCUCGACGUGUUCUCGUCGGAGCCCCCGGAGGCGGACAACGAGCUGCUGAAGCGCGAGGACGUGGUCCUGACGCCGCACCUGGGCGCGUCGACCGAGGAGGCGCAGGCGGCGGUGGCGAUGGAGGUGGCCGAGGCGGUGGUCAACGCGCUCAACGGGGAGCUGGCGAGCACGGCGGUGAACGCGCCGAUGGUGCCGCGGGAGGUCAUGGAGGAGCUGCAGCCGUACGUGAGCCUCGCGGACUCGCUCGGCCGCGCGGUCGUGCAGUGCCUGGGCGGCACGGGUGUGUCGGACCUGACCAUCACCUACGACACCCCGCGCGGCGACGAGCUCGACACGCGGCUCCUGCGCGCCAUGGUCCUCAAGGGCGUCCUUGAGACCGUCACGGAGCAGAAGGUCAACCUCGUCAACGCGGACUACCUCGCCAAGCAGUACGGCAUCCGCGUGACGGAGACCACGCGCAUGGUCGACGGCAAGGACAUCCUCUCCAACCUCACCGUCAGCAUGGGCGGCAAGAGCAAGUUCUCCGGCGCGCUCGACGCCGCGGGCAAGCUCACCUUCGGCGGCGCCGUCGUCAAGGGCGCCCCCUUCAUCACGUGCAUCGGCGAGACGGACGUGGAGAUCGCGUGCUACGGCGGCGUGAUCCUGUGCAAGCAGCGCGACCAGCCGGGCGUGAUCGGCGCCGUCGCGACGACCCUCGCGCAAGACGACAUCAACGUGUCGUUCAUGACGGUCGGCCGCGACAAGCCCCGCGGCGCGGCGGUCAUGGCGGUCGGCGUGGACGAGGACCCCUCGCCGAAGACGCUCGCGACGCUCCGGGAGAUCCCGUCGGUCGACGAGAUCGCCUGGAUCUCGUUCCACACGGCCUGA